UAAAAUAUAUAUGUUCUGAAUGCGUGGAGAAUUUGGAAAAAUCUACGUCAUUUAAAAUCCAGACUACUAAAAGCCUGAAUAUGCUUCAAAAUGUUAAAGAUGAAGAAUAUUUAGACGAGUCUAUUCUAGAAGAGGCUGAAAGCAGUAAUAAUGAAAAGAAAUUGGAGAUUUUAAAGUCUACUUCAGAUGGAGAGGACGAAGAAAUGGAUGACGAUGAGCAUGCAAUUCAAGCUCUUGACGAGACAACCUGCAUAUACUGUGAUCUUCAACUAGCGACAGUUGAAGAUGUCCAUGAUCAUAUACGGACAGUUCAUGAGCUGGAACCCAGGACAGGACUCCCGCUAAGAGAAUGUUCUCUGUGUGGAGUCGCUUUGAGGGACCCUGCUGAUCAUCAUAACAGGUGUCAUGGCGUCAAAUCUGAUCCGGAGGGUCGUAAAUACCCGUGUCACUUUUGUGACAACAUUUACGUCAGCAAGAAGGCUUGCUUCACGCAUUUACGGAUGAAGCAUGGAUUGAAACUUUGCAACGAGCAGACUCCAAAGUAUGUGCCGAGAGAACGCAAGAAGUGUCACAUGUGCAACAGAGAUUUUAGUCAGAAACAAAUACUUAACAAGCAUCUGUGGAAGGCCCAUGGAUUUGAGGUGGAAAAGCGCAAAGCAUUCAUCUGUCCCCUAUGUGAUGAAAGGGUCAGUUACGGAUCGAACUUCAGCGCUCAUCUCUUGCAUGCGCACAGAGUCCACGAGCAGGUGGAACAAUUGGAGUUUCAUAAUAUGGACGAUUUCAUGAUAUUCAAAAGCGCUAUUCAAGAAGAAACGAAGUACAGGUUUCGGAAGACCACUGCAAGCAAGCAGACGAUUGAAGGAGUCAGAUCUCAUUACAUGUGCAGCCAAUCUGGGGUCUACGUGUACCAGGGUAAAGGCAAGCGCCCAGCUCCAGAAAGACAAAUAUACAAGACGGGAAAGGCUUGCCCUGCUCAUAUGAUAGUUACGGAAACUAUGGAUCGUGUGCUUGUCACCUUUUACAAAACACAUGUUGGACAUGGACCGUGCCCCUAUUUUGAACCGAGGGAAUCGAAAAAAAUGAAAUCGGAACCUCAUGCGAGCUCAUCUAUUGUAAUGGAUGACGCUUUAAAAGCUGAACUGGAGCCGAAGGACGAAGCGGAUACGGCAGAAGAGUCCUGUUUGAUGUGCGAUGCGUGUGGUAUGUCCUUUGGAGAUUCUGACAAGUUCAGAGAUCACGUCGCUACCCAUGGCCUGGAGUUAUUUCCAUGCCAAUACUGCGAUGAUGAUUUUCAAAAUCUGGACGCUUGGACGCGCCACGUACGGUUAGAACAUAACAUGGGCAGUUUAUUUUGAACACAGCA